UUUUCGGAAGAAAUUUGCACAACGAAAACGAUAUGCCUGAUUCGAUAUUAGUACCGCAUAGUUCAUUCACUUCAUCCACUUCUUCCGCAUCCGAAAUUGACUACAUGCAAAAUAUCAAAACUAUGUUGGAGAGCUCAUCAUCCCAGAUAUCACGCAAUGGUAAUUCACAAUUACAACGUCUCAUAAAUAACAUCGAUAAUCCGGAGAAGACGAAACCGAUGAAAGCGGUAUCAUUGGGUGAGCUGAAUACUGUUGAUCUAUACUUUAUCAUUGUUGCUAUCUUGGAAAGGCGAAUAAUCACUUGUGAGGAACAGAAUGAUGCAUUGAAGAAAUCCUUAAAAAAAGCAUUACGAAGAAUUGCUAAAUUGGAAGAUUUGAUUGGAAAUACGGAACUACCAGAAAGAAGUCUACAAAUGUUGACACAUUCGAAGUCGUCCACUUCUUAAACUUUCAUCUAUUUUAAUUAUAUAGCAUUAUCCCACACACUUCAAAUAACUGUUUUGUUAUUAAUGACAAAAUUAUCAAAC